AGCGCGCAACUUCAUUCCUCUCCCAGCCUCUGAGAUACUGGAUCUUCGCUUCUAUCGGGUUGCCGGAGCGGCCGCUCUCCGCGUCCCGUUUCCGGGUAAUAGGCAGUUCAAUCAUAAAAAGGAAAUGGCACGGUGGUACCUCAUGCCUCCUUUCCUCUUCAUCCUGGCGUUUGAUGCUCUGAGUCAGGUUUGUGCUCUGGAAGCUGACAACAGAGAUAAGAAGAGCAUACAGCAACCAUCUGACAGCAGCAACAAUCUGAAGAAACAUGACUCCUGGCCAGACCUGCCCAGACCAGGGCGCAAACAUGGUACCCAGAGGAAGGAAAAAGCCAACACAAUGGUGACCAGAGUGAUGGAUGGAGACAGGCCAGAUGGAGAUGGUGUGGGAUUGGAGAGUCUGACACCAGUACGUGUGGAGACAGACAGUCUGGAGAGAGCAGCCAUACUGGAGGAGGGAGCUAUAGAUCAGAGUGGCCAGUUUUAUCCUCAAGAACUAGAAAAUUACCGCACAGUGGAAUCUGCAAAUAAAGGGAAAAAACACCACAGAGAUCACAAGAAACACAAUCGAAGAGAGCGAGCCCGACAGAAUAAAGUGAAAGUAUCAGAAGCUGCGUUAAUCUCAUCCAUAAAGGGUAUGACACAAGGCAAGGUGAAGGAUGAGCUUUCCACAAGGCCCCUGACGAUGUCCAGCGGUGUGGUGACCAGCACUUUGCUGACCACCAUUACAACAGAGGAAGUUCCGGCAGUAAAGACCAGACAGCAAACCAGAGAACAGGCUGGAGUAAGAACAGUCGCUGAGGUAAACCCCACACUCGACAUGACGCUCUUUGACUGGACAGAUUAUGAAGACAUGAAGCCAGAUAUGUGGCCUUCAGCAAAAAAGAAAGAUAAGCGUCGCAGCAAGAAUCUGAGUAAUGGGAACCUUACGUCUGUGGCUGAAGUAGAGCCGUGUGAUCAUCACCUUGACUGUCUGCCUGGUUGGUGCUGUGAUCUCCGACAGCACAUCUGUAAAGCCCAUAACCGCGGCCUCAAUAACAAGUGCUAUGAUGACUGCAUGUGUGCAGAAGGUCUCCGCUGCUAUGCCAAGUUUCACCGGAACCGGAGAGUGACUCGAAGGCGAGGGCGUUGUGUGGAACCUGAUUCAAUCAACGUUGAUCACGGAUCAUUCAUUACGGUCUGAAAAGACUUGAGACGGAAUCCAGCUUAAUUGGUCCAUGCAACCAGUCAAGAAAUGAUCUCAAAGUAAAAAGUGGCUAAAAUCUUGAUGAUUCCAACAUAUGCCUGAUAGACCAAGAGCUGCCUGGAAUAUAAUCAGUCCCAUGUCAUUCCACAUCUAGCCCAUCCAUUCCACUGUCAAACUCAUACCCAACAUUACAAUCAACAUUCUCCUGUUUCCCAACAUCAGUCAGUACCAUCCAACACGCUCUCUUUGCAAUACAUUGUACUCACUCAUACCCAAAAAUUCAAUGUGACAAUUCUAUUCUCCCACACUGAAUCAAAAACUCCAUGUUCAAUCAACAUCCAAGAUAUACUGCAGUUGUAACCAAUAUCUCACCACUCCAAUCAAAUAUACUUAACAUAUUCUGUGUCCCAUAACUAUAAUCCUAUUUCCCUCGCUGGUCCAAUUUAAUAUUUUCCAUUCAUGCCCAGAAUUCCAUUAGCAUAAUUCCGCUUUCAUUUCACACUUUUUACCUAUUACUUAAGCAUCACUAUCCAAAACCCCCCAAUCAUAUUCAAUAUCCUUUAUGCCACAUUAACAUUUCCACUCAUAGCCAGUAUCCAGAACCCUAUCACAACAAUACAACAUUCAUACUCAAGCUAACACCUCCACCUAUACAUAUUACCUAGCUUUCCAUUAAUGCAAUCCAGCACCCAAAUCUAAAUACCAUCAUUUCAAUUCCAUACCCCCACUAAUACCCCCCAUUACUGACUACUGCCGCCAUUGCUUCCAUUGCCCCAUUAAUACCCAUGUCUUCAUACAAAUCACCAUUCCCACGUACUCAGUACAUAUCACUUUAAUCCACUAUCCUCCACUAUUGCUCCACUACUCAAUAAUUCAUCACUAUAAUUUAGUAAACCUUCAUACACCAUUACUUGUUGUUGUUUUGAUAGUCUGUUCCUGGCUAUUACGAUUAAUGUUAAAAUUAACAUUUGUAUGCAAUGUUUAUAAAUUGAUCUUAAUGUCAUUUCGAGAAAAGGUAGCUAGAACAAACUGCAGUACCCUGACUCCACUAAUGAUGCAUAACAUUAUGCUGUCAACAUUUAUUUCCGAGAAGCCUCUCUACUGUACACUCAAUCAACUUCCACCUAAGGCUACCCCCCACCAGGCCAUCAUCUGGCAGAUUCUCCUGCCCCCCAUCAUGUGUUGCUCUUUACCAAGAAACUGUCUAUCUCCCUAAUUAUACAAUCACCAUACACAUAAACCUCCUCAUUAUGAUAUUCUUGCCCCUUUAAUAUCUUGAAAUACGAAGUGUGCCCUGGAUUACUCUGCCACCUUUUAAUACCACUUAAACAAAUACCCACCAGAGAGCUUUCAUUGCUACUGCAAUAGAAUCAUGCUUUUAAAGUAAAAUGUAGCUCUGCUCCAGUUCAAGCCUGCGAUCUACUCUAUUUGUUGCGUUGUGUACAGUUAAUCCACAUGAAUCUAGCAGCCUAAUCCUACCCAUUUUAAUUUAAGCCUCCUUGGAUGCUGUAUCUGCUGGCAUCUUUCCCGACUGACUAUUGGUUCUGUGUGAGUCUAGACUUUACAAUUAAGUAGACGAGAGACACAAGGAAUUGCAAACACUGGAAUCUGAGCAAAACACAAGGAGCUUGAAUAUCUCAGUGGAUCAGGCAGUAUCUGUGGAGGGAAUGGACAGUCGACAUUUCAGAUUGACAAGUUGACUAUGGAAUGCUAUAUUUGCCCCAUUCUCAUGUGACAUUUGGGUUGCCUACUAAUCAGAAACACUGGGACACAAUCAUCUCCCAAAGCCGACUUAGAUCAAGGUGGUGUGAUGUUAAUAGGACUGCAUGUACAACAUAAAUCGUUUAUGGACAGACUUCAGAUAGAUGAUAAUAAUCAGCAGGUUUGCCAUUCUCAUUCUGGGGAGGAAUGCUGCUGCCUUCCCAAACUGGUGGCCAAAUGACUUCCAUUCCAUAGCAAUGAUUCAUUCAAUGAUCAUGGAAGUUUCGCAAAUACUUAAGAACAGUUAGAACCUGAAACCAACCAUAAGCUCAGCACAGGCUAAAAUGCAACAAUAUAAGAAAAAAAAUA